AUGUUUAGUCUUACCGAGCUCGAACACACACUAAGAGUGCCUCCGCAUCUACUUAACCUCCCCCUGGAAGAUGCGAUUAAGUCAGUGCUUCAGAAUGUGUUCUUGGACAAGGUUCAUGCGAAAUUGGGCCUUUUCGUCUCUGUUUACGACAUUAAAUCAGUAGAAGGAGGAUUCGUUUUACCCGGGGAUGGUGCUGCGACCUAUAAGGUAGGUUUUAGAAUGGUAAUGUUUCGUCCAUUUGUGGGUGAGGUCAUAGCUGCAAAGUUCAAAGAAUCUGAUUCCAAUGGCUUGCGCUGUGAGUACUACAUUGUACUUAAUUUCCUUACUGGUGACUUAAUAACACUUGGAUUCUUUGAGGAUAUUUAUGUGCCUGCUCCACUGAUACCCACACCAAACCGCUGUGAGCCUGACCCUUACAAUAGGAAACAAAUGAGAUGGGUGUGGGAAUUUGGAGAACCGAAAGAAGACUAUAUUAUCGACGACUCCUGUCAGAUCAAGUUUCGAGUAGAGAGCAUCAGCUAUCCACCAGUUCCAAUUGAGCGGGCUGAGGACGCAAAGCCUUUUGCUCCUAUGGUGGUCACUGGGAAUAUAGAUGAUGAUGGCUUGGGUCCUGUUUCUUGGUGGGAGUCUUUUGACCAGAUUGAUCCAGAAGAGUGA